AUGAUUGACCAAUAUAAACAUAAACAACUUAAAAUUGGACUCGUUUCCCCUCAACAAAUAAGGGCUUGGGCUAAAAAAAUCCUACCUAAUGGGGAAGUCGUUGGCGAAGUCACAAGGCCCUCCACUUUUCAUUAUAAAACCGAUAAACCAGAAAAAGAUGGAUUGUUUUGCGAAAGAAUCUUUGGACCCAUAAAAAGCGGAAUUUGUGCUUGUGGAAAUUCUCGAGCGAGCGUAGCUGAAAACGAAGACGAAAGAUUUUGCCAAAAAUGCGGGGUAGAAUUUGUUGAUUCUCGGAUACGAAGAUAUCAAAUGGGCUACAUAAAACUGGCAUGUCCAGUGACUCAUGUGUGGUAUUUGAAAGGUCUUCCUAGUUAUAUCGCGAAUCUUUUAGAUAAACCCCUUAAGAAAUUGGAGGGCCUAGUAUAUGGCGAUUUCUCUUUUGCUAGGCCCAGCGCUAAAAAACCUACUUUCUUACGAUUACGGGGUUUAUUCGAAGAUGAAAUUUCAUCCUGUAACCACAGUAUUUCUCCCUUUUUUUCUACCCCAGGCUUUGCAACAUUUCGAAAUCGGGAAAUUGCGACAGGAGCAGGUGCUAUUAGAGAACAAUUAGCGGAUUUGGAUUUGCGAAUUAUUAUAGAGAAUUCCUUGGUUGAAUGGAAAGAAUUAGAAGACGAGGGGUAUAGUGGAGAUGAAUGGGAAGAUAGAAAAAGACGAAUAAGAAAAGUUUUUUUGAUUAGACGCAUGCAAUUGGCGAAACAUUUUCUUCAAACAAAUGUAGAACCAGAAUGGAUGGUUUUGUGCUUAUUACCGGUUCUUCCUCCUGAAUUGAGACCCAUUGUUUAUAGGUCUGGGGAUAAAGUAGUGACUUCGGAUAUUAAUGAACUUUAUAAGAGAGUUAUCCGUCGGAACAACAACCUUGCCUAUCUAUUAAAAAGAAGUGAAUUAGCACCAGCAGAUUUAGUAAUGUGCCAGGAAAAAUUGGUACAAGAAGCCGUGGAUACACUUCUUGAUAGUGGGUCCCGCGGGCAACCGACAAGGGAUGGUCACAAUAAAGUAUACAAAUCACUUUCAGAUGUAAUUGAGGGUAAAGAGGGGAGGUUUCGCGAGACUCUGCUUGGGAAACGGGUCGAUUACUCGGGGCGUUCUGUCAUUGUUGUGGGUCCUUCGCUUUCAUUACAUCAAUGUGGAUUACCUCUAGAGAUAGCAAUAAAGCUUUUUCAGCUAUUUGUAAUUCGCGAUUUAAUCACGAAACGUGCUACUUCUAAUGUCAGGAUCGCUAAAAGGAAAAUUUGGGAAAAGGAACCCAUUGUAUGGGAAAUACUUCAAGAAGUUAUGCGGGGACAUCCUGUACUGUUGAACAGAGCACCUACCCUGCAUAGAUUAGGCAUACAGGCCUUCCAACCCACUUUAGUAGAGGGGCGUACUAUUUGUUUACAUCCAUUAGUGUGUAAGGGUUUCAAUGCGGACUUUGAUGGGGAUCAAAUGGCUGUUCAUCUACCUUUAUCCUUGGAAGCUCAGGCGGAAGCCCGUUUACUUAUGUUUUCUCAUAUGAAUCUCCUGUCUCCCGCUAUUGGAGAUCCCAUUUGCGUGCCAACCCAAGACAUGCUUAUCGGACUUUAUGUAUUAACGAUUGGAAACCGUCGAGGUAUUUGUGCAAAUAGAUAUAAUAGUUGCGGAAACUCUCCAAAUAAAAAAGUAAAAUACAAUAAUAACAAUUUUUAUAAGUAUACGAAAGAUAAAGAACCCCAUUUUUCUAGUUCCUAUGAUGCACUGGGAGCUUAUAGACAGAAACGAAUCGGUUUAAACAGUCCCUUGUGGCUCCGAUGGAAACUAGAUCAACGCAUCGUUGGGUCAAGAGAAGUUCCGAUUGAAGUUCAAUAUGAAUCUUUUGGGACUUAUCAUGAGAUUUAUGCCCACUAUCUGGUAGUGGGAAAUAGAAAAAAAGAAAUCCGUUCUAUAUACAUUCGAACCACUCUUGGUCAUAUUUCUUUUUAUAGAGAAAUAGAGGAAGCCAUACAAGGAUUUAGUCGGGCCUAUUCAUACACUAUCUAA